AUGUACGAAGGGAUUGACAACCUGAAAUCCCUUUACGACCGUGCCGGGAAGACUUUCUCCGGCGGUCCUUCUGCGGCACAGGAUGUGCCGCAUCGUACUGCUCGACCAGACCCAGUACGUCAACCAUCAAUUGGGAGGGGGGCUCCCAAGAAUCCCAGGACGGGGGAUAGCCGCGCCACCGGACGAGGUAACUCGUCCGACGUCCGUUCACGUCGCGGUGGUUCAACAGCUGCUCAACUAGAUAGCGCUGGCCACCGCGAGAGUCCUCUGAUGGAGGUGGAGGAGGAGGAAAGACGCUCUCCACACGAUCAUGUGGAUCGGUGUGUUCCCGAGAGCUUCUUUGAUCGCGUAACGCAAGGGUUACGCGACGAUCUCGAGCAUGAGCGGAAUAGGCGUCUCCAGAUGGUGGACACUGCCUCGAAGCAUCGAGCUGAGUUUGCCUUUGCUCAGCUUGAGAACGAGAGAUCUCUGACAUCUCUUCGUGACGAGCUAAGGGUAGCUCGUGGGAUGGCUGAUCGGUCUCGGGAUGAGAUAGCUGCUCUUCAGACCCUUGUUGAUGCCCACCAUCGGGAGCACAAGGCUCUCUGCGAGAUGCUUGAGCGCAAGGGCGUUCUUCAUCGGAAGAAGCAGCGUACUGAUGGUACGGCUUAA